UUGGUCCAGGACCAGGAAACGGGCAGGUGGCAUCACGGUAGACUCCUCACCCCGGACUGUUGUCUUAUUUAGUCGUGUAGGCGUACAUAUUAGUCUUUGCUUAUUUUAUAUUUGUUGUUAAUAUUACAUUUGUAUACAUUGUACAUAGAGAGCACAGUUCGCCGAAGCAAAAAAUCCGAGGAGCCCCUGAACGCAGCACACUCGCUGUUAUUUCCCAAUCUGGACAUAAAGGAAGUGCCCGCUGUCAGGACUGGUAUCAAUGGAUUAAAUUCAGGUUAUUUCUGUUUGAAUAUGGAGACAGAAGAGUCCGGACCCUCGUUACAAAUGUAUAUAUGACGUGACGCCACGAUGAUUUUGAUGCUGCUGCUGCUCUCUCGAGCCUUUCUCUCAGCGCUGAGUGAGGAGCCUCCACCCCCCCCACAGCACGUACAUGUUAAUAAGUGGCUGCUGACAUGGACCCCUCCCACCGCAGAGACAGACCUCACCUACACCGUCCAGAGCAGUUUCCAUAGCGACGAGUGGACAGACGUCCCCAUCUGUGUCCAUACGGCCUCCACCUCCUGUGAUGUCGCUCUCACAGCAGCAGAGAAUGAGCAUGGCUGUGUGAUGCUGCGAGUGCAAGCAGAGAGACGGGGACUGAAGUCGACCCCAGUGCAGGCCUGCAGCUCACAAAGUGACUCCUGCACACCUGAGGUCAGCCUGUCAGGCCGGCCCGGAUUUCUCACCAUUCACCUGAGUCGUAACCACAGCCUGGCUCAGAACCACGCCGCCCACGCUGCGCACAGAGUCCACUACAGCAGAGAGGGAGACACAACACAGCUCUCUGAAGACUCCUACUCCUCUUUCACCCUCCCACAGCUGGAGCCGGGGCAGCGUUACUGCGCUCAGGUGGAGUACAUCCUCCACAGUCGGCCCGUGGGCCCACCCAGCUGCUCCCUGUGUGAGCUGGUCCCCUACUCAAGUGAGACUGGUACAGUGGUGAAACCAGUUGUGGUAGUGUGUGUGUUCAUAGUUUUGGUCCUCGUGUUGACCGGCACAGCUUACGUCUUCAUCUGCCAGCAAAGGAGGAUCAAGCAGUGGCUCCGCCCUCCAUAUGCGAUCCCAGAAGAUUUCCACUGCCAGCGUCACUUCCCCGUCUCCACCUACAGCCCCACUGAGGAGCACUUCGAUGCCAUUACCUUUGUCACCCCAGUGAGAUCACUGAGACCCACCUGAGGAGGAUUUCACUUGAGGAGGGAGAACUCUAAAUAGAAAACAGUUGAAUAUGAUCUUCAUUCAGCAGAGGAAAGACUGAAGCACACACACACACACACACACACACACACACACACACACACACACACACACACACACACACACACACACACACACAGGUAUGAUAUAUACCUGUUUGUUUUAGCAUUAAGUGGUGUCUAAAAAGAUUCAAAGAGUGAAAAUUAUUUCAGUGAGGGAGGUUUUGUUACACUCAUUCAAAGAUCUUUUACAGAAUUUUUAAACUGCAUUAUUUUGUGCGAUUUCAUAAUGUGCCAUAUAUGCUUGCGACUUUAAAAUGUAACUUCAAAACUAAUUUUGCAAGUUGUCCUCAUGUGUCUUUUGCCAUUUUAACACACAUUACACAGGGGAGGAGGAGGGGUCUCAGGAGGCAAGACAUGACCUUAAACUGUUUUAAACACGGACUAAGGCUCAGUGAUGUCGCCCAUUGGUUACUGAAGUGGGCUUUGGAAGCCAGUGAAUGGCAAUUGCCAUUGCCAAAUGCUUUCUCAAACACAUUUUCGGUCAACCUAACAGGCGGACAGCUGACGCCUCCUGACAAACGGCUGCACUGCGUCCACCCAACAGUAAGAUCAGGUACACGACUUCAUAUAAACAAAAAACAGAUCAGUUACCGUCCUGUGAUGAGCCUGAUGAAGGCCACGAGACAAAAUGCGUCGGUCUGAAUUGUUAAUAAAGUUGAUCUUCUUACUACAAGUGUUGCUGGAGCAUUCUGACCUCUUCGAAGCCUUUCACUCUUCAUGCACCUUGUCAGUUGGUGAAGUUUGUGCCAGAAAAUCCUCUUCUUUUUUUUUUUAACCAGACUGUGAGUUAUGUUUGUUUUAAAAACAGGCUGGUGUAUUUGCCUUCAGGGGCUUCUGUAGCCAGCCUCAAGUGGACACUAGAGGAACUGCAGGCGUUUGCACUUCCAAAUUUGCUUCAUUUUUUAACACCGCUACAACAUGACCUAAAAAGAACGAAACAUAAUAAGCGGACAAAGCAACAGAGACCGACAAUGUGACGUUGCUUCUUGUAGUUCAAUGAACAGAAAACAAAAUGAAGCCUUUUCAUUACGUGCACAGAGAUGGAGUCGGUCAUGUGACUUUCUGGAGCCUCUGUAAAUAAAUCAGGCAGCACAUUUCACACAAUCAGCUCAAUGAUGAUAUAUGUUUAUAGAUUGAUAAGUGGGCGUAAGGUUUAAAUGCCUGCGAUCGUCUGUGAUUCAGCUGAUAGAUGACUUUAAUGUAAUGUAUGAAAUACACCUUUCUAUCUUGUUGUUUCAAAGAUACUAAUAAAUGUACACAACAAGAACAUGAAAAA